AUGAAUGAUUCUAUAGAUUCCAAUUUUCUUUGUGGAUAUGAUUCAUUUAUUAAUGAUUCUGAUGAUAUGACGAUGAAAUCUGAAUUGGAUCAUUAUUUAGAGGAGAAAGUUUUGCCAAGAGAUCCAGAUUUUGAUAUAUUGGCUUGGUGGAAGUCCAAUGGAAUCAAAUAUCCAACAUUGGAGAAGAUUGCGAGGGACAUUUUAGCUAUUCCCAUUUCAACUAUGGCUUCCGAGUCUGUUUUCAAUACCGGUGGUAGAUUGGUGAGUCCUCAUCGUAGUAGACUUCAUGUUGAAACUUUGGAAGCAUUAAUGUGUGCCCAAAAUUGGUUAUUGAAGCAAGUACAAGGUGUUCAUUCGAAAGUUACAGAUGCAUAUUACCGCACAAUUGAAUAUGAUUCUGAUGUUGAAGAGAAUGCAAAGAUGGUUUCAGCAAUGUGGACAGUGCGACUUCAAGCAUCUGAGGGGAUUUAG